AUGCUUAAGUGUCUGUGGAAUAUCUGCUUGAAGUCUGAUAAUCUUUGGGUCAAAUGGAUCUAUAGCUAUUAUCUUAAAGGAAGUGACGUGAUGGCUUCUAACAUUAGAAUUAAUAGUUCAUGGAUCAUGAAAAAUAUCCUGAGCAGAAGAAACCUUAUCAAUCAAGUACAUCAGCUUUGGGAUGAUUCUUUAUUAAAGAAGAAGUUCUCUAUGAUGGCAGUGUAUAAAGUCUUUAUUGAUGACCAGGUUAGAGUUAGUUGGAGUCACUUGUUAAGGCACAAUGGUGCUCUCCCUAGAGCUAUCCUCACCCUUUGGCUAGCUUUCUGUGGUCAUUUGGCUACCAAGGCAAGGCUGUUGAAGAUGGGAAUGUUGCAGACUAGCCAAUGUCAGCUUUGUAUUGAUAAAGAGGAAAAUAUAUAUCACCUCCUUUUCGAAUGUAGUUGCAGUAAUAUCAUUUGGUCAGAUGUGCUUCAUUGGAUGGAGUAUUAUCAUAUACCUCAAUUAUGGUAUGAUGAAUUAAAUUGGAUCAUGAGGCACACCAAAUGCAAGGACUGGAAAGGAAGAUUAUUAAUGAUUGACAUUGCAGAAAUGAUUUAUGGUAUUUGGCAGCAUAGGAAUAAUGUCUGCUUUGCAAAUAAUAUGGAUAGUACACAUGUAACUAGUAAUAUCAUUGACAAUAUAGUUUAUAGAGGGUGGAUGCAACCUAAGCUUAGAAUCCAUAUAUCUCAUAUGUUGAUGUAG